UAUACAAAAAGGCUUCCAUCCGCAGUCCGUUACUGGCGCUCUUUUUUCUCUCCCUUUUCACGAGAAAGCGGGGGAGAACAACCUUCGUCAUCAUCAUCAAUGCCGCUCUCUUCCACCUUUUCUUUUUCUUCUCUCUCUCUCUCCCUUUCUUCAUUGAAUUAGAUAUUUUAUUUAAUACUUCCCAAUUCAUCAGCUAACCAACCAACCAAAAAAAUCUAAAAUUCGCAUUGCUUAUUACCAAUUCUCGAAGCAUUUUGUUCACAAUUCGAAUGGAUCACCGGUAAGGUGUUCCGGUCAAGGUUUUGUUGCGGAAAUCGGUGUUUUGAUCUGUAGAGGCGUUGAUAGGGCUUGGAAUCAUGGAUAAGAAGAAGUAUCCGAUUGGAGCGGAGCAUUACACGCUGUAUGAGGAGAUAGGGCAAGGAGUCAGCGCCUCUGUUCAUCGCGCUCUCUGUAUUCCUACGAAUGAGGUUGUCGCCGUCAAAAUCCUUGACUUCGAACGCGAUAACUGUGAUCUGAGUAAUGUCUUCCGAGAAGCACAGACAAUGGUCUUAGUAGACCAUCCCAAUGUUCUUAAAUCUCAUUGCUCCUUUGUCAGUGAUCAUAAUUUGUGGGUUGUCAUGCCUUUCAUGGCUGGGGGUUCGUGUCUUCAUAUUUUAAAGGCUGUUUAUCCAGAUGGUUUAGAAGAGGUUGUCAUUGCAACAAUACUGCGUGAAAUAUUGAAGGGUUUAGAGUAUCUUCAUCAACAUGGCCACAUUCACAGAGAUGUGAAAGCUGGAAACAUUCUUAUUGAUGCACGGGGAGGAAUUAAGCUUGGCGAUUUUGGUGUGUCUGCUUGUUUGUUUGAUUCGGGUGACAGAACACGCAUGAGAAAUACAUUUGUUGGUACUCCUUGUUGGAUGGCACCAGAGGUUAUGGAACAGUUGCAUGGUUAUGAUUUCAAAGCAGAUAUUUGGUCUUUUGGUAUUACUGCUUUAGAACUUGCCCACGGCCAUGCACCUUUCUCAAAGUAUCCUCCAAUGAAGGUGCUGUUAAUGACACUGCAAAAUGCACCUCCUGGCCUUGAUUACGAAAGGGACAAGAAGUUCUCCAAGUCAUUUAAGCAAAUGAUUGCUAGUUGCUUGGUAAAAGAGCCUUCAAAAAGACCUUCAGCUAAGAAGUUGUCGAAACAUUCUUUCUUUAAGCAAGCUCGGUCAAAUGAUUAUAUAGCACGAAGAUUGUUAGAUGGCUUGCCAGCUCUUGGUGAUCGGAUUAGGGAAUUGAAGAAGAAAGAAGAACAAAUGUUGGCACAAAAGGAAAUACCAGAUGGACAAAAAGAAGAAAUAUCUCAGAAUGAGUAUAAACGUGGGAUAAGCAGCUGGAACUUCAACCUUGAAGAUCUCAAGGCCCAGGCUUCUUUGAUUCCAGAUGAAGAAAUCCUUUCUGUUGCGAGCUCAAAUUCUCUAGUAUCUCUGGACACUAGUGGAAAGAAACUUCAACACCAGUCUUCAUUUUUAAGUCGAUCUUCAGAUAAUGCAGAAACUGAUGAUUACAACCUAUCUGCUCCUCUUUCUCCCGUGGACCCAACAUCAGCUUGUAACAUAGCUAAAUGUGAAAAAUCAGAUGAUGAUGUCAGUCUUGCUAGUUCAUUCCAGGACAACCAUAUUUCAAGAAGUUCAUCUCCUUCUUAUGACAACUUACUCGAAAGGAAUUUACCUGUCAAAUCUGAGCAGGAGGUUGAUGGAAAAUUAACUGAGAGCUCCCCUACAAAUUCAAACCAAAGAAAUGAAUUUUGCUCACCUUGCAAUGAUGCACCAGCUGAAGCCAUUAAUAGAACUAGUAGAACAUCAGCAAAUGGUGAAGAUUCUGAUGAUAAGACAAAGUGCCCUAUUGUUCAGCAAAAAGGACGUUUCAAAGUUACCUCUGAGAAUGUUGAUUUAGAAAAGGUUCCUCCAACUCCAAUGCUACCAAAAAGCCACAGUGUGCAGGCAUUUACACAGCAUCCAUCUGUGUCUCAAUCAUUCGCACCAGAGUCCAUGGCACCAAAUAUUCCUGUUCAUUCAUUUUUCAGAACAUUGCAAAAUAUUUUGCAGACAAAUAUUAUUCAAAGGGACAAUAUCCUUAGCCUGAUGAGGCAAGCCACUGGUUCUGAUCCCAUAGUGGACUCUGGAUCCCUUUCUCUGAACCACGGAGCAACAGAGAAAUCAUUGCUGGAGAUAGCUCAUGACAAAGAGAAAGAACUACUUCGUGAAAUCAGCGAUUUGCAAUGGAGGCUCAUAUGUGCCCAAGAAGAGCUUCAAAGAUACAAAACAGAUAAUGCUCAGAUUUAGGAGAUGUGAUAUUGCCUGCCACAUAUAGAAUCAACAUCCAAAGUUAUUGAAAUGGAAAAUUUAGAGAAUAAGUAGACUGCAGUGUAAGGGAUGUGAAAUUAUUUAGUAUGCUUUUU